CUCUCCUCCUCUCCUUCUCACCCUCUCCAUCCCGCACCCGCCAGCAUGUUCCUCCGAAGAGCCGUGCCAGCUCUAAGCAGGCCUGCUGCCCUCCUCCGCCCCGCCGUCUCCCGCCGCUCCUUUGCCAUCUCCGCCCGCCGCCUGAAAGAUGACUCCCACGCCCACGUCCCGCAGUCCGCGAAGUCGCUAUCGGAAAUGAAGCCGUUUGAAGAGGUCACGUCCGAGGCCGAUCUCCUCCCUCCUGGCGCCGCGCCCGGCACCAUUCCCACCGAUAUUGAGCAAGCGACGGGUCUGGAGCGGUUGGAGAUUUUGGGCAAGAUGCAGGGCGUGGAUAUUUUUGACAUGCGGCCAUUGGACGCCAGUCGCAAGGGUACCCUCGACAACCCGAUCGUGGUCAAGGGCUUCGGCGACGAGCAAUACGUCGGCUGCACCGGCUGUCCCGUCGACUCCCACGUUACCAUCUGGCUCACCAUCUCCCGCGGGCGUCCCGUUGAGCGCUGCCCGGAGUGCGGCUCAGCGUACAAGUUGGAGUAUGUCGGCCCCGUAGACGACGGCCAUCAUGACCAUCAUGAACACCCGGAAGGAUACGGAGAGCACCACCCCGAUCUGGGCGAGCCGAAGACGAUUGCCGAUUUCAUUCGACCGGAGUAUAGAUAGGUGUGCACAGUCGCACGGAUGAAGUGGAGCUGUGCAAGGCGAGCGAGGGUGUUGUAGAUAUACAAAUCCAU